AUGGGUGCCAACCUGAAAGAACACCAGCAACAGGCUCCAGGCCCUGCUACCGCACCGGUAGCGGUCCAGAAAGCGGCCGCGAACUACAAGGGAUUCGUAGCUGGCGUCUUUUCGGGCAUCGCCAAGCUCUCCGUUGGCCACCCCUUCGACACCAUCAAAGUGCGCCUCCAAACCACCGACGCCACCCGCUUCUCCGGCCCGCUCCAAUGCGUUACCCAAACCAUCCGCAACGAAGGUAUCCUGGGUCUCUACAAGGGCGCCAGCCCACCACUGGUCGGCUGGAUGUUCAUGGACAGUGUCAUGCUCGGCUCUUUGACCGUCUACCGCCGCCUUUUGCGCGACAACCUGUUCAACCCGCCCUGGCACCCCUUGCACGACCCCGCCAAACCCUUGCCUUCGCAUGGCCACGGGUUGGCGGGUAUCCUGGCGGGCAUGACGGUCAGCUUCAUCGCGGCGCCCGUGGAACACGUGAAAGCCAGACUGCAGAUCCAGUACGCGGCGCGUAAGGAGGAGAGGAUGUAUAAGGGCCCCAUUGACUGCCUCAAAAAGGUGUACACGCACCACGGCAUCAGGGGCGUGUAUCACGGCUUGGGAGCGACGAUAUUGUUUCGCAGCUUCUUCUUCUUUUGGUGGGGCACGUAUGAUGUGUUCAGUAGGUGGAUGAAGCAGUACACGCAGAUGAGCACGCCGGCUAUCAAUUUCUGGGCGGGCGGGCUGAGCGCGCAAGUGUUCUGGCUGACUAGUUACCCGAGCGAUGUUGUAAAGCAACGGUUCAUGACGGAUAAUCUGGGAGGAGGGCUCGGCGAUGGCGUCAGGAGGUUCCCGAGGUGGAGGGACGCCGCGGUGGCGGUUUACAAGGAGAAUGGCGCGAAGGGAUACUGGCGCGGGUUUUUGCCUUGCUUCUUAAGGGCGUUCCCGGCGAAUGCGAUGGCACUGUUGGUGUUUGAGGGCGUCAUGAGGUCGUUGCCUGGGUAAGCGGAAGUGCUACCGAGGUCGGACAUUGGGUUGGGGUGAUAUACCUCGAGAGGUUAUGGCGGCGCAUAGGCGUUGGGUUAUCUGUUUACUUUUGGCUUUUGGGUAUGAUACUCCUAGAACGGAGGCGUUAUAGAUGGUUCACGAUU